GCGCCGUCAGUGUGCCGCCAGCCCGCGCCGGCAGCUGUGCCCGACCCGAGCCGCCUGCGCCGCCCGCGCCCGCCAUGGAGCACUUCAUCGAGAGCGUGCGCAAGUACCCGUGCCUGUGGAACACCACGGCCAUCGAGUACCGCGACCAGGAGCUGAAGGACGCGGCGUGGGCCGAAGUCAUGAAGGAUACCGACCUGUCCUCGGUGAAGGAGGUGAAGUUGAAGUGGAAGAAGUUGCGCGACAGCUACCGCGACGCGCUGAAGAGGCAGAGCGAGAUGUUGGCCAAGGAGCCGGGCCAGGCCAAGAAGACCUACCCCUGGAAGUACAUGGGGCUCAUGCAGUUCCUCCAGCCGCACAUGAGCGCGCGCAAGCGGCCCGAGCCGGCGCGCCCGCCCGACGACUUCGAGCCGCCGGCCAACGGCCACGGCGCCCACGCCGCCCACGCCGCACACGGCGCCCACGUGAGCCACGCUAGCCGCCGCUCCAGCGACUCGAGCGACAGCGAGGCGCCGUCGGAGCCCAAGCGGCGCGCCGCCCCGCCGCCCGCGGCGCCGCCGGCGCCGGCGCCGCUGCGGCUUCCGGAGUACACGUGGCGCGCGGCCGCGGCGCCGGACCCGCUGGAGCUGUUCUUCGAGGGCAUGUGCCAGGCCACCAAGCGGCUGCCGUACCAGACGCAGCUGCGCAUCAAGCGCACGCUGUUCGAGGCGGUGGCGGGCGCGGAGGAGGCGCUGGCGGCCGAGCAGCUCAGCUACGCCAGCCUGUGGGCGCGCGGGCCGCCCAGCUCGCGCUCGUCCAGCGAGCCGCCCGAGCCGGAGCGCCCGGCCUGACCGGCCCCGCACCCCAAGGAGGACUCCUCCUCCUCCUCGUCGUCCUCCUCCUCCUCCCGCUCCUCUCGGGACGAGUGACUGCGGAGCGGCAGGACGCUUUACCUUUAGUUCGACCGAGUUCCUAGUACAUGGUGAAGUUACCGGUUGGUGCGUGGGCUGUGACUGUGAUGAGAGGUACCUAAAUCGUUGACUGAAGAUGUGAUUGAUUACUGAUUACCACCGACGACGUCCACGACGGGCGGACACCUGUCAUAUUUGGAUUGUUAUUCGCUAAGAAUAGUUGUAUUUUACAUAAUUUUAUCUUGUAACAUAAUGUUUUUCAUAACAGAUCCAUUGUAUAUAACAAUAAUACUAAAGUACAACAUGCCUACAUGUUAUACUAAACUUGAAAGUGUAGGUUCAGUACACCAGCUGCAGCGGCUCGAGUAACAGGCUCGGUGCUGGAGGGUACUUGAGGACUCCUUGUACUGAGAUGUACCUAUCUAGCUAUUGUGAAGAAUAUUAUAUACCUACCAAAUUAUUUUUUUAUUACGAAGUUGCUGAAAUAAUUACAUAUUAAGGCACUAACCAGGUUUAAAAAAAAUGCGAUGAGAAAAACAAUAAAGAUUUUAGAAAAUGAA